AUGGCUAAUCAUAUUGCUGCUGGAAUUGAAGAGAGCCGCACCCACAAUGUCAAGCAGGACAAGGAACCUGAUGGUCAAUCCCAAUUCAAUCAGAGUUUGAGAGAUGCACUGCUUACCUUUCUUCGGCAGGAGUGUGCACAGUUUUUUCAAGGAGCAAACAUGAGAGAUGUCAGUCAAUCAAAUGCAGGGAGUGGAGGAGCUACUGAUGAUGUAUCACACUCAUUGCAUUUUUUUACACAUUUUAGACAUAUUGGACCAAUUCUGGUAAAAUUACCAGAUGGAACACACACAACUGCAACUAUAAGUGGAAUUGCGGUAUUUUCAGCUACAUUCUAUCUCACGGAUGUGCUCGGGGAUCGGGAAGAGUUGCCAUACUUAUCAAAUGAAAGUAGUUGCGAGGCCCGCAACUUGUAUGACCUGCUCGAAGAUGGAGCACAGGAGCUAUACCCGGGAUAUUCAAAGUUCUCUAAGCUGUCUUUCUUGGUACGACUCUAUCAUAUAAAGUCCAUGUGUAGAGUGAGCGACAAUGCCUUUGAAAUGAUAUUGGAGUUGCUGGCGGAUGCCUUUGAGCAUGCAAAGAUUCCGAGCACUAUGCACAAUGCCAAGAGGAUCAUAAGAAAGCUCGAUAUCACAUACAAAAUGAUAGAUGCAUGUCCAAAUGACUGCAUGCUAUACCAGGGCAGCGACCAAGAGCUGUCUAAAUGCAAGCGAUGUGGGACAUCGAGAUGGAAGCAAAAGACUAAUAAGAACUCCAGAGUGAGGAUCAACAGGGUUGUUAAGAAGAAUGAAAAAUCGCAAGCGGCAAAGACUCUUUACUUCUUCCCCCUUAUUCCACAUUUGCUGCGGUUAUACAUGUCCAGUAAGACAGCCACUAACAUGCUGUGGCAUAAGAGAGGUCAUAGCUCUAAUGGUAUUUAUCGGCAUCCACGGGACGGCGAGGCAUGGAAGGCAUUUGACAGAACUUAUUUCGACUUCUCCGGCGAUCCGCGUAGUGUUUGUUUAGCCUUGGCUAGCGAUGGCUUUAACCCUUAUGGAAGCAUGAGCUCGAAGUACCAAAUUUGGCCUGUGGUUCUUAUUCCGUACAACCUACCCUCUUGGAUUUGCAUGAAACCCACCUCUUUUAUCCUCUCCAGGAUUAUUCCUGGGCAUAAAAUGCUUGGAAAUGAUAUAGAUGUUUACUUACAGCCCUUGAUCGAUGAGUUGAAGCAGUUGUGGGUUGGUGUUGAAACGUACGGUGCUUACGAGAAAAAAACUUUCAAGAUGUAUGCGGCGUUAAUGUGGACAGUCAGUGAUUUUCUAGGCUUGGGCAACUUGUCUGGGUGGAACACGUAUGGUGGGAGAGCUUGUCCUGUAUGCAAUUUGGAUGCUGAGACUAACCAGCUCACACACAGUCAAAAAUGGUGUUUCAUGGGUCAUCGUCAUUUUUUGAAUCCUAACCACAGAUAUAGAAAGGACCGGGAUAGAUUUGAUGGAAAGAUCGAGGAUAGAGGUCCACCUGUCAAACUCUCUGGUAGAGACAUUGCGCGACAACUACAGGAUGUGCAUGUCCACCUUGGCAAGGUGCAAUCGGUUACUGGAAAAAGAACACGUGGAUAUCAAACCGCCGUACAAGACGAGUCUCCUUGGAAGAAGAGGAGUAUAUUCUUGGAGCUCCCAUACUAG